GAAUUUUUUGUGUGUAUGGAUUAUUUUUAAAUAUUUUUUAUAGUGAACUAUGAGUAUUUGAAAACUGUGAAUAAUAAAUAAUUGUGAUAGGCUGUGAUUUAUUUAAAUAUGGCGUCUCAUUUGGCUUAUAAUUAUGAAGAACGUGGACAUCGCAUUAGUUCAAGGCAUCGAGUUAUUCCGGCUUCAAAUAAGCCCGCCGAUUCUAUUUGUGCAAACACAAGAUAUUACGUAGGGAAUGGAGGUGGAGGAGGUGGUAGUGAUAUUAGUGAAGAAGAUCUUACAGAUUUACCAUCGUGUGCCUAUGCAGGUCGAGCGACGCAACACGUGGCGGCUCAUGCUUCACCCCAUAGCCAUACACACUUGCCCUUACAAUAUAAUAUACCGCUGUCAACACAAGAUCAUAAUGAUAAUGAAUUAAAUGGAUUUGAAGAAGGAUAUUAUCCAAAUGGUAGCCCAUAUAGAAUCCAAAGGAAUGCGGCAAAUAUUCGCGAACGUCGGCGGAUGCUAAGCAGCAUAAACUCGGCUUUCGACGCGUUAAGGGGCCACGUGCCGACGUUUCCAUACGAGAAGAGAUUAUCAAAAAUUGAUACUUUACGAUUGGCAAUAGCUUACAUUGCGUUGCUGACGGAAGUUCUUAAAGUAAAAAAUGUUGAUCCUCUGACGUAUAUCGAGAUGUGUCUCAGAGGUGAGAUGAGCAGCGAACGUGCGGAAUGGAAUACAAGUGAUCUUAUGGCUCGGCUGGCAUGGAUAAAUUGGGAAAAUCUCGGCGUUAAUCCAAACCGACGAUCCUCUCUUACCACACUCACUUUCACUGCCGACAAUUUAAAUUGAGUAUUAAUAAAAAAAAAGAAGCUGAAAAUAUUUUUUUUUUUCGUUUAUGAUUUGCAUUGUAAAUAAUA